AUGGAUGGUAAUAAACGAAGAGGCUCACAAGAUUUUGAAGAUGAUAUAGAACCUUUAAAUAAGCUUCCAAAGAGCAAUGGUAACUCCAAUAAUAUUCAUGAACAAAAUUCAGGCAGCAUGUGGAUUUAUUCCAAUGUAUCUAUGAAACGCAACCGAAUAGUAGAAUCUGAUAACAACCCUUUUUUAAAAUCCCAAAAAUAUCUGAGGAGGAUUUUAUCACCAAACCCUCAGAGAGACAAUGGAUCUUCGAUGAACGAUGCAGAUUCAGGUGAUGCAAGAAAUUCGAAUAAAAAUUUGGCCCAAAGUCCUGAUGCUGCUGUGAAGCCAAUUGAUGAAUCAUUCCGUGAUAUUAUGAAUCAAUUAACAGGUGAAAUUAUGAAUUACGAGGUUAAACUUGCUAGUUUAUACGGCAAAGUUGAAGAAAUGAAAACGGAAAAUGUAAAGAUACGAAAUCGGUAUACUCUAAUGUGUCGAGGAGUUGUAGGUAGCCUAGGAGGUUCCAAUGAUUUUGAUCAAUCAGUGGAUACAGAAGAAUUUAGCUCAGAUGAUGAAACCUGUGCAUCUGAUGGGACUGAGGCCUGUGAUGAGCCCGAAAUGAUGAAUGAUGGUGGUAAAAACGAAGAAUUUGGAGUAAUUGUACCUUCUGAAAGGUUUUCAAAACUGAAAGACGAGCUGGACACACUAGAGACUCGUAUCUUGAAUAGAUUUGAGGAACUUCAAGAGAAUCAAAAAUCUACGAAUAACACAUCCCCCAAUGAUCUUGAGAGGUUGGGGGUAAACCUAGAAGAUAUUCCACUCGUUAAAAAUCUUCGAACCGAUUUGAGACGUUCAUUAGAAGAAUUAAAAGAAGUAAGAAAGUUUACAGACAUACGUGUUUCCAACUUAAAGAGCACAUUAACUUCAGAAAGAAAGAUAUCAGCUACGGCUCGAAGAGAUUUUGAAUCAAGUAAAGUGUACGUGAAAAAUGCUGCUGAUUUUGUCAAUAGAGCCAAUUCACACAUAGAACAGUACAAACUCGUUAAUCAGACGCAGCAUAAUGUGAUUGAGUCACUGCAGAGACAAUUAGCCAAUGUGCAGGAAAAAAUUAAAAAUACCCAAGUUCAGUCUGCAAGUGAUCAGAAAAAUGUUAGUGAUGAGUAUCGUUUGGUCUCAGAGAAAUAUCAACGCAUCUUUACGGCUUAUACAGUACUCAAUAGCAUCUCACAAAAACAGAAGAGUGAUGUAGCCCUUUUGCAUCAUCUUUACGAGGAAGAAAAAAGAAAGAGUGUUUCUUUAAUUGCUGUUGUGGAACAACAGAGAAAACUUAUGAAUCCAACAAGAUAUAUGGGCCCAAUCACUGCUUCUGAAGCUUUAACAAGGCUUUCAGCCCUAUAUGAUAACCGCUGUGAUGAAAGUGCAAGGGAGGAACGAACGAAUUUAGCUAGAAUGGCAACUAUUCACGUAAUGUACAAAAACUUGCUGGAUCAAAAGGAUAGAGAGCAUCAAGGUGCUAUAGAAAACCUUGUGAGGGAACUCAACGAAUUGAAAGGUAUUAAUACUGCUCCUCAGAAAUCUGACCCAUCAGGCCAAUCUAGAGAUAUUUUUGACGGCGACGUCGAUCGAGCUAUGGCAAACCCAGAACAGCAUGGUGUUUAG